AUGAAUGAACCACCUCAAAAGAAACUACGGGCUGAACAAGAAAGUAAAUGCUCGGAAAAUGUUCCUCAGAUAGUCAUCGAUAGUCUGUAUUCCGAGUCAGUCGGCGCACGCUUGUGGAAUGUAGCUUGCAGGGCACUGGGAAAGCGAUCGCAGAGUGAUCCACCUACAUUUUAUCCUGAAUACACUGGCAACGACGGCGCAACUUACGUGUAUCGGCACCUCAGCUUUUGGACCUCUGGUUUUUUUCCGGGUUCAUUAUACCUUUUGCUCGAGCGUCGGAAAAAUAAUGGCCAAAGUGGCACGCAGCAUUCGUAUCCAAAUUCACUGCAGCUCCAUCAUCUUUGUCAGUGGUGGUCCAUAAACUUACACCAGAAUGCAAGCCUCAAAUCGACUCACGAUCUGGGCUUUAUGAUUGCUCCCUGGGCAACAAAAGCUUGGGAGCUCUGUAAGGACGAACAAGCAUUCAGCAGUCUUGUCCUUGCAGCUCAUUCUCUGGCAAGUCGAUUCUGCCCGAAGGUCCAAUCUAUUCGCAGCUGGGAUACUUGUAAAACCAAAAAGUACGCCUUUCUCGACACCUCAACGGACUUUCUCGUUAUAAUCGACAACAUGAUAAAUCUCGAUAUGCUCUUUUGGGUAGCUAAGCACACCGGAGACCAGAAUCUGUAUGAUAUUGCAGUAUCGCAUGCACGAACUACCCAAAAACAGCACGUACGACCUGAAAAAACCACCUUUCAUGUCGUAAACUUUGAUCCUGAGACAGGUUAUCCCAAACAGAAAUUUACCAACCAAGGCUACAGCGAAGAUAGUUGCUGGGCACGAGGGCAAGCGUGGGGAAUAUUGGGCUUUGCGCAAACAUUUCAUUGGACAGGAGACAAUUCGUUUUUGCGCACAUCUCAAGAUCUUGCAGACUUUUUCAUCGAACGCCUGCCUGCAGAUGAUGUCCCAUACUGGGAUUUGGAUGCUCCUAUAACACGCGAGUCUCCUCGUGAUACCUCUGCAGCCAUGAUCGCAGCUUGCGGUAUGCUAUUGAUAUACAAAGCCCUGAAGGCCAAAGGACGUGAUGAUGAGGCGAUGCAGUAUGUCAAAGCUGCAAUGCGCAUUGCUCGUGGUACAUGCGAAAAGUUCCUAAACCCUCCUACGCUCAGGUUUACUGUCUCCCCAUCUGGGAGGGCCAUUCAGAUUUACGAAGAAGGCCUUGCUUCUGACUACCAAGAGAAGUCGGAACCUGGGUUACUUACCAUAGAUGAUGGGAUAAGUGCCACUGGCUUGUUAUCGACCAAGAAAAAUGGGACAGUACCAAAGGAACCACACACGGCGGAAACCAUACUUACCGGGGCUACCAUAAACAACUACGAAUUUGCUCCUCGCAGAUGGGCUAACCAUGGGCUAGUCUAUGCAGAUUACUACUUCAUGCUUCUAGGUAAUAUGCUGCUAGAUCUUGGGUUGGUAGAGCCAGACCAGUAG